CCGCGCCGCGGAGCCCGCAGCCCAGCAGGACCUGGCCUCCCCCUGCCAUGCUCGUGCCGUUGGUGCUGGCAGCGCUGUGCGCGGGGCUGCGCCUGGCGCUGGGGGUGCGCGGGGCGCCCUGCGAGGCCGUGCGCAUCCCCAUGUGCCGCCAGAUGCCCUGGAACAUCACGCGGAUGCCCAACCACCUGCACCAUAGCACGCAGGAGAACGCCGUGCUGGCCAUCGAGCAGUACGAGGAGCUGGUGGACGCCAACUGCAGCGCCGUCCUGCGCUUCUUCCUCUGCGCCAUGUACGCGCCCAUCUGCGCGCUGGAGUUCCUGCACGACCCCAUCAAGCCCUGCAAGUCGGUGUGCCAGCGCGCGCGCGACGGCUGCGAGCCGCUCAUGCGGGCCUACAACCACAGCUGGCCCCCGAGCCUGGCCUGCGACGAGCUGCCCGUCUAUGACCGCGGUGUGUGCAUCUCGCCCGAGGCCAUCGUCACCGAGCUGCCGGAGGAUGUGAAGUGGAUAGAUAUCACGCCUGACAUGAUGGUACAGGAACGGCCUCUUGAUCUUGACUGUAAACGUCUAAGCCCAGAUCGGUGCAAGUGCAAAAAAGUAAAGCCAACUCUAGCAACUUAUCUGAGCAAAAAUUACAGCUACGCCAUUCAUGCCAAAAUUAAAGCAGUGCAGCGGAGUGGCUGUAACGAAGUAACUACUGUGGUAGACGUGAAGGAGAUCUUCAAAUCCUCGUCACCCAUCCCGCGCACUCAAGUCCCGCUCAUUACGAACUCUUCUUGCCAGUGUCCCCAUAUCUUGCCCCAUCAGGAUGUGCUCAUCAUGUGCUAUGAGUGGCGCUCAAGAAUGAUGCUGCUUGAAAAUUGUUUAGUUGAAAAAUGGAGAGAUCAGCUUAGUAAAAGAUCCAUACAGUGGGAGGAGAGGCUUCAGGAACAGCAAAGGACAAUUCAGGACAAGAAACGAACAUCAGGGCGCACCAGUCGUAGUAAUCCCCCUAAACCAAAGGGAAAGCCAUCUGCUCCGAGACCAGACACCCCCAAGAAGAACAUUAAGGUGAGGAGUGCCCAGAAGGGAACAAACCUGAAAAGAGUGUGAAGGAAACGUUUGCCGCAGUGAAGACUCCCCUCAGGAUGAAACCAGGCACCCCGGAGCCUGUGCAACCACUCACAUUAACAACUGAAGACUCUGCAUAGGCAUGUCUUGCAGAACUUUUCUUAUUGAUACACUUCAGUUUUUCUUUUUAAGCCAUCACAAGCCACAGUGGCAUUUAUGCCCGUCAACACAGAGGGUGAUGUGAAAACUCAUGGGAAAAACCAUGGUUCAGAAAAGCAUGUGAGUGGAC